CUGUAAUGGCGACCUGGUCAGGGUCAGCAGCCCACCAAACGCCCAGUUCCCGUUUUCUAUCUUUUUAAACUUCAACCACCUCCAUCACUCUUUUCAUCAUUUCUUGUCUUUCUCAGGAAUUCAACGUUGUCUCUGGUAAUUUGGUGUUGUUCGCUCUUAGCACGGGUAGUGCUUGGAAGCAUAAAAGGUUUGCAGUUUUGGUGACUUAAUGCAUUCUUAGGAUGAUUAUAUCAAGGAUAGGGGCACUUGGAGUUGUCUUGGUUGUGUGGUUAUGCUGGUCUUCACUGCUUACAGGUGCCGAAGACCAUAUUACUGACCCGGUUGAAGUGAAAGUAUUGCGGGCCAUAAGGAAAAGUUUGAUUGAUCCCAAUAAGAAUUUGAAUAAUUGGAAUCGUGGAGAUCCUUGUACUUCAAAUUGGACAGGAGUUUUAUGCUCCAAUACUACACUGGACGAUAAGUAUCUACAUGUUAUAGAAUUGCAACUACUGAAUAUGAAUCUUUCAGGAACCUUAUCACCGGAGAUUGGCCGCUUAUCCCAUCUGAAAAUAUUGGAUUUUAUGUGGAACAAAAUAAGCGGAAGCAUACCAAAGGAGAUUGGUAAUCUUACAUCUUUAGAACUUUUGCUAUUGAAUGGGAAUCGGUUAACAGGGUUGUUGCCUGAGGAGCUUGGUAAUCUUCUAAACUUGGAUAGAAUACAAGUUGACGAGAAUCAUAUAUCAGGAUCAAUACCUAAAUCAUUUGCAAAUUUAAGUAAAGCAAAGCAUUUUCAUAUGAAUAAUAAUUCAAUUAGUGGGCAAAUCCCACCCGAGCUCUCCAAAUUACCCAAGCUUGUUCACUUCCUUCUUGAUAACAACAAUUUAUCAGGGUUUCUUCCACCAGAGUUCUCGGAACUGCCGAGUUUACUUAUCCUACAAUUAUGUCAAAUGCGAUAAGGUGGUAUCAGAGGCAGAAAAUCCCGAGAUGAUCACUGUGAAGGAGGUCGACAUGAAACUCUUCGCGUUAAUGGAUGAAAUGCGUCAACAAUUCAGCUUGAUCCUGGAUCUGCUCCGUGGUAGAUCUGUCGACUGGAUAGAAGAAAGGCAGACACGUCUAGAGGUCGAGAUUCACGAAGGCGGAUGCCUUUUGCCUCAAUUGAAAGACAGCUAGCUAUAUCCCAAAAGAUACGAUGCCGACAGCUCAAGAGGUCGCACCUGAUGGCCAAUCGACCCCUUUUCCGCAUGAUGAAGAAGAAGACAAGAUUUGAGAUUUAGAUAAAAAAAUAAACUCUAAAAUCGGUUCAGUUAUUUAACCAGCCUAAACAAUACAAACCAAAUCAAGUUCCCUAACUUAUCUGAUUCGAGCUGGUACAGUCAACAUUUUGAACCGAAGCAGUUCUCUUGCUCCUCUCUUCUUUCUGUCUCAAACAACAGCGACCAAGAAUGAAAACCCUAGAGUUCUCUGCCUCGUCCUCCUCGGUCAACUAGGUAGAAAGAGUUACCUCUUGUAACCUCUGUUUGGGUUCCGCCUUCAUUCACACGAGGUAAAGAUGGAAACUUGUAGGUCUCUUGUUCUUCAGAUGGGUUCUAAUCUGGAAAAGAAGAUGCAGAAGAAGGAGAAGCGGAAGAAGAAGAGGUUACUACAAUGACACGAUUAGACUAACUGGCAAUGGCUGCGUCGGUAAUGUGGAUAGGCCAAUAUGUGAAAAUUUGAUUUCAUGGAGUGGAAGCAGUAGAAAGCUGCUCUA